AUGUCUCGGUCCAGCAGAAAUGCAUUCUCAGUUGGUUUUGUAUGUUUGUUCGUCGUAAUUUGUCUGUAUUUAUAUCACAGUAUUGACACUAAAAGUAUCCCUAGUGAAUCGUUACAUCAUGAGAGAACUAUCGCUAACAUGAAGUUGAAUAUCGAUCGUUUGCAAAACAUUUUAAAAACUAAUCGGGAUGAAAUAGCGGAGUUGAAGAAACAGGUGGCCGAUGUAGAACAAAAAAGAAAACAAGAAUGGGACAAGCAAGUAGAAAAAGAGAACGAAGUAUAUGACGAGAAAGCUGAAGCUGAGAAAGCUUUGGAGAAGAAAGUAGGACAGAUUGCAGGUGAUGCAAACCACAAAGCGGUGGAAGAAGAAGAAAAAGCUGUCGUGGCUGAGCCGAACCGAGGUAACAAGGUUGCUGUAGUGCACGAGUUCCUCAAAAGAACGACAACAGAGUCUUCAUUGUCCAUUUGUCAGUUAAGGAAAGAGUACAUCAACACUCACUCGGACGUUCAGAUGCUAGAUUUAUACGACACAUUGACCUUCGAUAAUCCCAAUGGUGGAGUUUGGAAGCAGGGUUGGGAUGUAACUUACGACGAGCAGAAGGUUGCUGAAGAGAGCAAGCUCGAAGUUGUUGUUGUACCUCAUUCUCAUUGCGAUCCUGGUUGGAUCAAAACUUUCGAAGAGUACUAUCAAUCGCAGACUCGAAACAUUUUGAAUCUGAUGGUGAAGAAUUUGAACGAGAACAUGGAAGAAAUGCGAUUCAUCUAUGCCGAGAUCUCGUUCUUUGAGCUUUGGUGGAGAGACCAAACCGAGGAUGUAAGGAAGAAAGUGAAGCAAUUGCUAGCAAAUGGGCAACUAGAAAUCGUAACGGGCGGUUGGGUUAUGACUGAUGAGGCGAAUGCCCAUUACUUUUCUAUAAUUGUUGAGCUUAUGGAAGGGCAUGAGUGGAUCAAAAAUCACAUUGGAAGCUUCCGUCCAACAACACAUUGGUCGAUAGAUCCUUUCGGCUUAUCACCUUCUUUGCCAUAUCUCUUGUCAGCUGCUAACAUCACAAACGCAGCCGUUCAAAGAAUCCACUACUCUGUGAAAAAGCAUCUUGCAAGGAAUAAGCAAUUGGAGUUCAUGUGGAGACAGCUUUGGGGAUCAAAUGGAAAACCAGACAUGCGAACACAUGUUUUCCCAUUCUAUUCUUACGAUGUACCUCACACUUGCGGCCCGGAUCCGAAGAUAUGUUGCCAAUUUGACUUUAGGCGUCUUCCUGGUCUGGGACUCAAUUGUCCCUGGAACGUACCUCCUGAGAAAAUCAGCGAAGAUAACGUCAAAGCACGUGCUUUCACCCUUUAUGAUCAGUACAGGAAGAAGAGUCAGUUGUAUAAAACGAACGUUCUUCUGGUUCCAUUAGGAGAUGACUUCAGAUACGAUGUUGACUUCGAGUGGACAGAACAGUACCACAACUACAAACAGCUUUUCGAGGAGAUGAACAAAAAUACCGACUGGAACGUUCAUGCCAGAUUUGGAACGCUUUCGGAUUAUUUCGUCGAACUGGAUAGGUCUCUUCGAGCAGAACAAAAGUCUUUACCAGUAUUAUCUGGUGAUUUCUUCACAUACGCUGACAGGGAUGAUCAUUAUUGGAGUGGAUAUUUUACGUCACGACCGUUUUACAAACAGAUGGAUCGUGUACUACAACAUCAGCUGCGUGCAGCUGAAAUUUCCUUCACGUUGAAAACAAUGAAGGGUGAAAGUGCACCGGAUGAGGUUUUCGCAAAGCUUGUGCUAGCUAGAAGGGCGCUAUCGUUGUUCCAGCAUCAUGAUGCUGUCACCGGCACAGCAAAGGACCAUGUGGUUGUAGACUACGGCAAUAAAAUGCUUGCUGCAUUAGAUGCCACAGAGAAGGUGUUAUCUGAUGCUCUAGGUGGCCUUAUAAGCGCCGAAGUUGGAUCGGGAAGUGGUAUGCUUCUGGACGAGUAUCGAAAGGAGCAGGAUGCGCUGCCCGUUAGAAGGACUUACUCUAUUGGCGAUUUUGUUGUUUUAUUCAAUACAUUGUCGCGGACAAGAGAUGAACCAACUUGUAUUCACGUCGACUCUGUUCGUGCCAUGUUGAAAGUGGAUGCUGAUAGAGAGAUUAAGCAACAAGUAUCGCCACUAUUUACGCACAGCUUUGGACACUUAGAACCUAAAGGGUAUGAGCUAUGCUUCCUUGAUAAGCUGGAUCCUUUGAGUGUGAGUGUGUACGAGGUGGUUGAGUCAUCAGCUAACGAGCACAUUUCAUUAGCCGUAAUUUCUGCAAAAGCUACGGUUAAGGUCAGCGGCUUCAAAUUUGAGCCCAUCAUUGCGGACGCUCUUACUUUGGAGAACUCCUUCAUUUCGGCGCAUUUUGACACUGUAACGGGUCUCCUAAAGUCAGUGACUCCAAAAGACCACAAAGAAGUUGUUGUGGACCUACAUUUUGUGCACUAUGGUGUUCGUCCACAUAGGAUGUUGAACAGUGGGGGCGGCGACAAUAGGUCUGGUGCGUAUUUGUUCCUUCCAGAUGGUGAAGCGCAAGAAAUACCACGGAUAGAUCAAGAAUUUGUGGCCAUUGAUGGUCCAAUAAUGAAGAAAGUUUUCGUUAUUGGACCAAAAGACUUGGAAAUUUUACAAGUCUACUCCCUGGCACAUGGAUCCCCUUCUAUAGAAAUAGCAAAUGAAGUGGAUAUAAGGUCAAAGUCAAACUUCGAGCUUGCAAUGCGGAUGGAUACGAGUAUUAAGAGUGGAGACGAUUUGUUCACUGAUUUGAACGGCUUGCAGAUGAUUCGAAGGAAGCGUCAGCUUGGGAAACUCCCUCUUCAAGCGCACUUUUACCCAAUGCCAUCUUCUGCUUUCAUUGAGGAUUCUUCCACGAGAUUCUCUUUAAUUGGAGCGCAGGCUUUAGGAGUUGCUAGUCUUAAGUCUGGCCAAUUGGAGGUGAUGUUGGACCGACGUUUAUCCCAAGACGAUGGACGAGGACUAUUCCAGGGUGUACUGGACAAUCAUCGCACACUAUCACGGUUUCGUCUACUCGUUGAACCUCUAGCUCCUUCAGAGGAGAAAGUUAAUUUGGCAGAGGAGAGAGUUGGAUUUCAUUCAAUAGUUGGACUCGCACAGAGCAUGGAGCUGCACUACCCAACAAUCAGGAUGCUAACCAAAGCGCAACCGAAUGCCGAGACGACAGCUGGAAUUACGGGAAGCCUACCAUGUGAUGUUCAUGUUGUGAACCUGAGGACUAAUGCUGGACCUACUGACUACGCGGGGAAUGGAAUGGCAACACCAAAGAAUGAAGCUAUACUGACUUUAUAUCGUCCUCUCACCGAGUGCCGAUCGAAGCUCCGAUUACAGUCUGACUGUACGAAAGAAGGCAAUAUGAUAACUCCCAAGAAGCUCUUCCCACAAGUGCGCUCAACACAAGAAGUAUCACUUACGUUAUUGUAUGAAAGGGAAGCUAUCGCAGAGGUAGCACUACAGCCACAAGAUAUAACCUCAGUGAAAUUAUCAUGGUAA